UAAAAUCCUACGGUUGUAUUUUUGGACACGACCAGAUCAGUCCAUGGACUGUAAAGUUUGAAUGUUUGGUUUUCCUGUAAGGUAUAAGUGCGUCGAUAGAUUAAACUACUAUAGGACAACUAUUGCAAACAUACAGAGAAAUAAAAAUGCUUUGCCAUAUAACGCGACCGGACUCGAUGGUGAUGGAGGUGGACGUUGAUCCGAAGGCUAAUGGAGAGGACUGUUUACACAAGGUCUGUCGGAAACUGGGAAUAAUAGAGGUGGAUUACUUUGGGCUUCAGUUCUGUGGAAGCAAAGGGGAAAGUUUGUGGUUGAAUCUCAGGAACAGAAUCUCCCAACAGAUGGAUAACCUGUCUCCCUGCAGACUGAAGCUCAGAGUCAAGUUCUUAGUGGAACCCCAUCUGACCCUACAAGAGCAGACAAGACAUAUGUUCUUUCUGCACAUAAAGGAGGAGCUGGACAGUGGCAGCCUGCAGAUGGAGGCUGAGCAGGCCAAGGAGCUGUGUGCCCUCCUAGCCCAGGCUGAGUACGGAGACUACAACCAGAACACAGCCAAGUACUGCUCCAGCCAGAUCUUCAGACAGGAGCCUGACCUGGCAACCAUCAACAGCAUCCAGGAGAAGCACCGUGAGCUUGAGGGUCUGAGCCAGGCGUCAGCAGAGUACCAGGCCCUCCAGCUGGUGUCCUCCCUGGAGAACUACGGAGUGGAGUGGCACUGGGCCAGGGACUCGGAGGGACAGAGGCUGGCUAUAGGGGUCGGCCCUGAAGGGGUAUCUAUCUGUCAGGAGGACUUCACCCCCACCAACAGGAUCAUUUAUCCCAUCAUCCAGAUGGCCACCCAGUCAGGGAAGAAUGUGUGCAUGACCAUCACUAAGGACAGUGGUGAGGAUGUGGCCCUGCUGUUUAAGAUGACAAGCACCAGAGCUGCCAGCGGCCUGUACCGGGCCAUCACAGAGACCCACGCCUUCUACAGGUGUGACACGGUGACGAACGACGUGAUGAUGCAGUACAGCCGUGACUUCAAGGGUCACCUGGCGUCUCUCUUCCUCAACGAGCACAUCGACCUGGGCAAGAAGUAUGUCUUCGACAUCCGACGCACCUCCAAGGAGGUCUACGACCACUGCCGCAGGGCGCUCUACAACGCCGGCAUGGCAGGGGACUGUGUGUCCGGCAGGCAGAGCCCGUCGCGGUCCCCUGGGGUGGGGGAAGGAGGCUGUGAGGGGUGCCAGAGGAGCCGGGUUCUGGAGGAGAAGCUGCAGCAGCUCCAGGAUGCUCUGCUGUGUAUGCUGUGCUGUGAAGAGGAGAUGGACGCUGCCUUCUGCCCCUGUGGACACAUGGUGUGCUGCCACAACUGUGCCGUCCAGCUAGAGGUGUGUCCGGUGUGUCGGUCAGAGGUGGACCAUGUCCAGCACAUCUACCUGCCCACCUGUGCCAACCUGCUGUCCCUGGCAGUGAGCAGUGCUGCCCCCUUCAGUAUUCCCAGAGACCUGGCCACUCACCUCUGUUCCUCCAGAGAGUUCUACACCAGCACAGACGAGAUCUGUCACACGUAGAUUUACUUCCAAAUAGCUAUCAUUGCUAUCAUUGCUAACGUUAGCUAGCUAAAAAUCUGGAGGUCUCCCCUCAAUCUUAGCUAGCUGGCUAACGUUAUACUGCAUCUAAAGUUAAUCUGGAGGUCUCCCCUCAAUUUUAGCUAGCUGGCUAACGUUAUACUGCAUCUAAAGUUAAUCUGGAGGUCUCCCCUCAAUCUUAGCUAGCUGGCUAACGUUAUACUGCAUCUAAAGUUAAUCUGGAGG